UUCCAUUCGGAUGAGCACAUGAACAAAUUCUAGAGCCCAGUACAAAAUGAAGGGUCCGCCGCGUAAGGAGCAGCUCUCACGCUCACAACAUCCCCCGAAACUGCUACCAUCAUGGCUCCUACCGGCAACCACGCGCUCAUUUUUGGAGCGUCUGGAAUCACAGGCUGGGCCAUUGUCAAUGCGAUACUCAAUGGAUACCCUACCAAAGACGCGUUUGCGAAAGUCACCGCGCUGGUGAACAGGCCGCUGUCCAGGGAAGUGGCGCAAUGGCCGGACGAUCCUCGUUUGCAGAUUAUUACUGGGAUCAAUCUGUUGAAAGGGACUCAGGAAGAGCUUGAGAAGGAGAUCAAGGAGAAGGUCCCGGGGGUGGAGACCGUGAACCAGGUUUUCUUCUACGCCUACAAGCAAGACAAUGACAACGAUACCGAGUGCCGGGUCAACGAAGACAUGCUGGAGCGGUCGGUAACAGCUAUCGAACACUUGUCACCGGAAAUGUCCUAUGUCGUUCUUCCCAGCGGCACAAAGAUCUACGGCAUUCAUUUGCUAGAUAAAUUCCCAUACCCAGACAAGCUUCCACUCAGGGAAGACUUGCCACCAAUUGCCGAGCCCUACGUCAGCCAGCUUUUCUACUACAACCAGAUCGACUGCCUAAAACGAUUGGGAAAGGGUAAAAAAUGGGGAUGGUGCGAGGUGCGACCAGACAACAUUAUUGGCUUCGUCCCAAACAACAACGCCUACUGCCUCGCUCAAACGCUUGCUCUCUAUCUCGCUCUCUACCACUCCGUCGAAGGCGCUGGCGCCAAAUGCCCUUUCCCAGGGAACCCCAAAUCAUGGGUAGCCAAGUACAAUGAGUCCCCGCAAGACAUGGUCGCGGAGUUUUCAAUCUAUGCGAGUCUGCACCCAGAAAAGACAUCGGGCAAGCCGUUCAAUGUUGGCGGACAGCUGGACACCUGGGAGGGCAAGUGGCCAAUCAUCUGCGACUACUUUGGCCUCAAGGGUACCGGGCCGGAGGACGGUUCACCACAGCCUGGGGCCUACAUUGCGGAGCACCGGAAAGAGUGGGAUGAGCUGGAGAAGAAGGAGGGGCUGAAGAAGGGGUCGGUUGAUAGCGAUAUCACGCAUCCUGGCUUCCAGUACUUUAUAAUGUCAUUGUUCAACUUCGAUCGUCAAAUGGAUAUGACGGCUAGCCACAACGUCGGAUAUACCGUCAACACAGGCACGAAGGAGUCAUGGAAGCUCACAUUUGACAGAAUGAGGAAGGCUAAGGUGAUUCCAUGAAGAUUUGAUUGAUCUAUAACCCUUUCCUAUUUCUAAGCUCGUAGUUAUCAAUAUGUAUUCACAGACCCUCAACGAUCUACCAUCUACUCAUCCAAAAUAUACACGCCGUGUAUGGAAAUUG